UGAUGAUACUUUGGAAAAGCUCGGUGCUCCAAAAAUGUACCAAAAAAUGUAUGUGUGGUCGAAAAGAUUAAUAAUAGUGUGGCUCAUAUUUAGUAUUUUUAUAAAUUUUAACAAUCCGGCACUUCGGAUAACUUUAAAAUUUGGAAAAUUAUUCAUGCAACAAAUAAUAAAUAAUCCUAUUUAUAUCAACAUAUUGGUGGACUUAUUAUUUAUCUCGAUCUUAUGGUACAUCUGCACCAGAUUUGAUAAAGUAAACGAGCUUAUGCAAUAUCUAAUAGUGAGAGAAGAACAUGGGUCAAGAUGUACAGAGAAAAAACCUAUAAAUGUUCUUCCUCGACGCACUGCGCUUGCUGAUAAUUAUAAACAAACGUUGUGGAUCUUAAUGUAAAUCGGUAGACAUUUAUAUAAUUAAGAGAUAGAGUACAAUUGCAAAAUAGCACGACCAAUCUGUCGAUAAGUUUUUUUCUUUCUAUA